CUUCCUAGUAUAAAAGCUCUUCACGACGUAAGAACUGUUAGCAUAAUAACAUUUGAAAUUUUGUUCACGUUUUUAUAAUAUUUAUCUCACAGAUUCAUAAUGGACUUUGGAAUAGAUAUAUUUUGUGAAGUCAAUUAUAGAAAUUGUUGCCUCAGACGUUGUAAACACAUUUAAGCGGCCAAGACGUGCGCGAAAUUAUAAAUAAAAAUUUAGUUUUUCCAAUGUGAAAGACGCACCAUUAUUAAAAAAAAUUAUUUACAAUUUAAAAUGAUUAAAAAAUAAAAAUAAUUAUAUAUUUUUAUAUAUGUGUGUAUAGCGAUAUUUUUGAUAUUAAAAAUAUUUAAUAAUUGCGAUAAUUUUAAUAGAAAAUCAUGCAAGAAGUGAUGGUAUUAGAUGGUGGAUUUUCUACACAAUUAGCAACUCAUGUUGAUGAUACAAUAGAUGGUGAUCCAUUAUGGACAGCACGUUUCCUUGUUACAAAUCCUAAUGCAAUUAUUUCUACACAUUUGGAUUUUUUGAAAGCUGGAGCAGAUAUAAUUUUAACAAACACUUAUCAAGCAUCUAUUGAUGGCUUCUCAAAAUAUAUGAACAUUACAGAAGAAGAAAGUCUUGAUAUCUUUUCUAAAGCUGUAGAUUAUGCUAAAGAAGCUGUGAAUUUGUAUAAAAAAGACAUAGAAAAUAAAGGAAAUGUUAUAAAUGCAAAUCCAUUGAUUGCUGGAUCAAUUGGACCAUAUGGAGCUUGUUUACAUGAUGCUUCAGAAUAUAGUGGCAAAUAUUGUUCAAAUGUAACAGAAGAAUUUCUUAUAAAUUGGCAUAGACCACGUAUUCAAAAAUUAAUAGAUAAUGGUGUUCAUAUAUUAGCUAUAGAAACAAUUCCAUGUAAACAAGAAGCAGAAGCAUUGAUUAAAUUAUUAAAAGAAUUUCCAAAUAGUAAAGCUUGGUUAUCUUUUUCAUGUUGCAAUGAUGGAAAAAGUAUAGCAGAUGGAACUAAUUUUCAACAAAUUGCAAUGCAAUGUUAUAGAGAAGCUUUACCAAAACAAAUUUUAGCAAUUGGAGUCAAUUGUACUGCACCACAAAAUGUAACUAAAUUAUUGAAAGGAAUUAAUGAAAAUAAUAAACAAGAAUUUGUACCAUUAGUAGUAUAUCCCAAUAGUGGUGAAAAAUAUACAAUAGAAAAUGGUUGGACAAUAAAAGAUGAAGAAGAAUGUUCUUUACAUGAAUUUAUAUAUGAGUGGCUUACUUUAGGUGUUCGGUAUAUAGGUGGAUGCUGUAGAACAAAUGCCACUGAUAUAAAGAAAAUACGAUCAGAGGUAGAGAAAUGGAAAAGAAAUUAAAUGCUUAAAUUGUAAUAUUAUAUGUUGUAAAUGUGUAAUAUGUAAAUAAUCAUACAUAAUGCAAAAUAAAAAUAAAUCAAAAAUUCAAAUAUUAAAAUAUUUUUAAACUUGAUGCUAAU